AUGUUAUUUUAUUCUUUUCCUUUUCAUUUCUCCUCAUUUUUACUAUUUUUGCUUUUUCUUUUUCUAUGUUCUUUGCAAAAUCUUUCACUUUCUUUCUUUUUCUUCUUUUCUUUUUCCUUUGUUUUUUUUUCUUUUCUUUACUAUCUGUUUCACUUUUCUUCUUUUUUUCUUUUCCGUGCGUUUUUCUCAUUUUCUUCUCUCAUUCUUCGUUUUCCUUCUCUCUCUUUCCAUGUCUCAUUUUUCCUUUUCUCUUUUUCCAUGUCUCGUUUUCCUUCUCUGUCUUUCCAUAUAUCGUUUUCUUUCUUUCUCUCUCUUUCCAUAUAUCGUUUUUCCUUCUCUCUCUUUCCAUGUCUCGUUUUCCUUCUCUCUCUCUCUCUCUCUUUCCAUGACUCGUUUUCCUUCUCUCUCUCUCUCUUUCUUUCCAUGUCUCGUUUUCUUUCUCUCUCUCUCCCUCUUCUCUUUCGAUAUCUCGUUUUUCCUUCUCUCUCUUUCCAUGUCUGUUUUUCCUUCUCUCUCUUUCCAUGUCUCGUUUUCUCUCUCUCUCUCUCUCUCUCUCUCUUUCCAUAUCUCGUUUUUCCUUCUCUCUCUUUCCAUGUCUCAUUUUUCCUUUUCUCUUUUUCUAUGUCUCGUUUUUCCUUCUCUCACUUCUCAUGCCUAGUUUUCCUUCUCUCUCUUUCCAUGUCUCGUUUUCCUUCUCUCUCUUUCCAUAUCUCGUUUUCCUUCUCCCUCUCUCUUUCCAUAUCUCAUUUUUCCUUCUCUCUCUUUCCAUAUAUCGUUUUCUUUCUUUCUCUCUCUUUCCAUAUCUCGUUUUUCCUUCUCUCUCUUUCCAUGUCUUUUUUUCCUUCUCUCUUUCCAUAUCUCGUUUGUACUUCACUCUAUUUCAAUAUUUCGUUUUCCUUCUCUCUCUUUCCAUGUCUCGUUUUCCUUCUCUCUCUCUCUCUCUCUCUCUCUCUCUCUCUCUCUUUUCCAUUUCUUGUAUUUUCACUUUUCUUCUGUCAAACUUUUCUUCCUCGCUAUUUUUAUUUAUUUUUUCCUUCGAAUUCUUUCUUUCGUACUCUUUCUUAUUCGUUCUUUUUCUUCGUCUGCCUCUAUCCAUUUUCUCUCCUAGUGCUUCUUCUGUUACAUUCUUCUUUCUUUUUCUUUUUUUUUUUUUUUCGUUUUCCUACGUUAUUUCUCUUCAAUUGCUCCUUCACCACAUCGGUCUUAUUCACGACUUUCCUUCUCUUUCUUUCUUUGCCAUUCUAUUUCUCCAUUUUAUUUUUGCGUUCAUUCAUUCUUUCUUUCUUCUUUUCCUGUUUCUUUCAUCUGCUUCUACAUGCAUUUCCUUUCUUUUUCUUCUUCACUUCCCAUUCUUCUUACUCGUUCACUGCUUUGCUCUCCUCUUCUUUUUUGUUACUACUACUGCUACUACUGUGA